GUUAUCUAUUUUACUAUAUUAGCUGUGCCCUGCUGUGAUUGGUCAUGAAACGCUUUCCGCUGUUUCACUGGUUUCACAUCUGCGCCAUCUGCGGCGGCGUUCUGUGGUUCUGUUCUUCUUUAAAAUGGCGGAUGUGAAAAAAGCACCUGAGAAAAAGAGGAGUGGGAAGAAAAAUGAGAAGAAACAGAAGAAGGAGCCAAAAGAUGCAUCCAAGAAUAUAAUGCGCGAAGUCCGAAUUCGAAAGUUAUGUCUAAAUAUUUGUGUGGGUGAGUCUGGUGAUCGCUUGACGCGUGCUGCCAAGGUCUUGGAACAAUUGACCGGCCAACAGCCAGUAUUUUCUAAAGCUCGAUACACAGUGCGUUCAUUCGGUAUCCGUCGUAAUGAAAAAAUAGCUGUGCAUUGUACUGUACGUGGCGCUAAAGCCGAAGAAAUUUUAGAACGUGGUUUAAAGGUACGGGAAUAUGAAUUGAAGAAAGAAAACUUUUCCUGUACUGGAAACUUUGGUUUUGGUAUUCAAGAACAUAUCGAUUUGGGAAUCAAAUAUGAUCCCAGUAUUGGUAUUUAUGGGUUAGAUUUUUACGUUGUACUGGGGCGUCCAGGAUUUAACGUAGCCUACAGAAGAAGGAAGACUGGUAAAGUCGGUUUCCAACAUCGACUUACCAAAGAAGAUGCUAUGAAGUGGUUCCAACAAAAAUACGAUGGUAUUAUUAUAACAGGACGGAAGUAAUACACAUGUAUUUUAUAUUGUAUAAUUUAGUAAAUAACUUUCACAUAAAAA